AGUCAAGGACCUGCAACCUGUUCAAUUCUUUCACGUCUCCCAUUCUUUUAGAGGCUCUGAAGUGCAUGCAUGCUUUGAGACCAAAUACAGACGAUGCAAAAACCAUGCAGAUGAGUGUCGUGUUCAUCCGCCGAGAUGGCAUCAAGUAGUGUUCAGAGCAAACGAUCGCCUCGUGCCAACAAAUCAACGCCCAUCGAACGAUCGAAUCCGUCUUCAACGCGCCGAAGAUCAGCUGCUUCUAAAUAUGCAGCUAAAGCUGACGAUGUGCCGGCUCGGCCUGAUAUUGAGGCUUUGCGACAAUCGCGACUUGCGUAUUUCACCUUGCGACCUGUAGAACGCCGUCGAGCUGUUGCCCCAUCACCGUCUCGAGGCAGUACCUCACGGCGUCGAGCAUUGAGCGAGCGUUCUGCUGGAAAAGACAAUACUACAGUCAAGAGUCCCCCGCGACCGAGGAAGCCUAGGACAGAAGGUGAGCGAAGGACUGCAGAUUACGUAUAUGGGAUGAGAGAUAUACCCGCGCAAGAUGCUGGAAAACGGUGGGAAAGGCCUUCGUCUUCACGGUCGGACGCUUCUCGUGCGCAGGGACUGUCAUCUAUAGGGGAGGACGACAUUGGUCCCGAUGACAGUGUCUCUGUGGUUGCAAGCCGGCGGCGGCGGAGGUCGACUAUGACGGAUCGGCCAUCCUUGCGAAGGAGCAACACAGUUUCAGCCAAGUUGACACCUGUCGCUGAGGCUGAUGCCAAAGUUGAAAACGCUUCUACUCACACGCCCAACAAAACCGGUAACCGUGUAUCAUCCUUUCUUGGCUCGCUCAUGCGCCGCAAUACCACGAGUGCUGUACCGACACCACCUCGCUUGGUCGAAUGCCUCACAUGUGGUUCCGAUGAUGUCCCUGCGGUGAAGACCGCCAAACUUGGUUGUGGCCAUCGAAUGUGUCACGACUGCCUGAGACGUAUAUUCGAAAUGUCUGUCAAAGAUCCUGCUCACAUGCCGCCCAAGUGCUGCACGAGUGAGCACAUCCCGCUGAAGCAUGUGGAUAAACUCUUCGACACCAAAUUCAAAGUCCGAUGGAACCGUCGUUAUCAGGAAUACAAUACCAAGAACCGGAUCUACUGUCCGGCACCAAAAUGUGGCACUUGGAUCAGACCGGGCCAGGUCCAUAGUUUCCAAGGACGAAAGUUUGCACAAUGCCUUAGGUGCGAAACGAAAGUAUGUGUCCUUUGCCACACGAAAAUGCACAGGUCUAGGGAAUGUCCGAAGGACCCUGAGAUACAGAAGCUUGUGGAGGAAGGAAAGAAAAGCGGCUGGCAAUCAUGCUAUAGCUGCCAUGCUAUGAUUGAGCUCAAGGAAGGCUGCAACCAUAUGACGUGCCGCUGUCAGGCUCAAUUCUGCAUGAUGUGUGGCAAGAAAUGGAAAACCUGUGACUGUCCCUGGUUCAAUCACAAUGGUGUGUCCGAUGGAGACCGCCUGGUUGAUAUGAGAAUUCCACAAGGACUCGAUCAUGUCGUACGAAGGCUCGGAAUACAGCAUCUGUUCCCUGCUGCGGACACACCUGCUGCGGAGCCCGGCAACACACAACGCCAGCCCCCACGAACAUUUCACAACGAAAUGGAUCAGCGCCGGCACCAAGAACGUGAAGACGAGAAUCUUGCUCGACGAAUGCAGCUUGGUCUGGUUCUGACACAGAACGAGCCUGAAGAUGAUGCCCGACAAGGCACCACGGAGAUCUGGGGUCUUGGCAAUGCCGGAGAACACCACAUGAAUGAAAAUUUUGUACAAAAUUCGACUAAUACAAGACUGGAUGUACCCGACGAUACUGCAUUUGGCAGGCGAGGGACACGAGAGUCAGCACGGCGAAGACGGUCACGACAGACGGCGCAGGCGCCUGUGGAUAGUGGACUGGCUAUGAACUUUCUCGGGGAUGAGAGUAUCCUGGGGAGAUGAUAGCCCUGCCUUGACAUGAAUUAUGAUUUGACGAAGGAUACGAUUUUGUUAAAUCUGGCCGUGUAGGAAUGGCCUGGAAAUAUGCGCCCUCGUAUGUGUUUAACAGCUGAUAGAUCAGCGUAAUUGAAUCAGAUCAACAAGGUUCAUCAGAUCACUGGUACGCAUUGUGGACAAAAAGCAUGUCAGCCUUGCAUAGCUUGCCGUGGAAAUGUUGGGACGCAAAUGCCGCAUUCCAGGCAACGAUGCGGUGUUGCGGCACAGGACGUGGGGCGAUGAUCGAUCCUGCUGACAAGCAGACGCAGGACGUGAGAGGAGAAGCUUUUGAAGUGCAUCGGUCCCCCCAUGGAAAUUUCACCAGCUUGAAGCGCGCGUCAACAACGUCGUAAUUUCGCGUGAUGCACAAGUGUGACCACCGAGCGUGGUGUCUCGGCACUAUUCUAUUUCUGUUGUGUUGUA